AUGAUUGAGAACCAGAACAUCAUUAUCGAGUCGGCUAAGGGUAUUGGCUGCUUGGUGCACAUCCACAAGGAGGGGUUCAUCGCCGAAUUCCCCCUGAUCCCUAGCCACGAGACCGUCGGCGUCGUCGCUGCCAUCAGUCCCAAGGUGGUUGGUUUCGAGGUUGGCAACCGCGUUGUGGCAGAUAACGCCAAGCUGUGCAGCCACUGCUCCUACUGCCGGCGCGGCGAGGCGCUACUCUGUGAGAACGUGUGGUAG